AUGUCAUCCCCACAUCAGCCGAUGGCGCUUCUGGUACCAAAGCAGCUGCAGCAUCUUAUCAUGGACGGAAGCGCUGAGGUUGUCGUUGAGAAGCGCACGUCCGGGCAGAAGCGACUCUUCCUGCACCUUUUCGACGAGGGGGAACGCGAGGAGGUCGUGCGCCGGCGCGUGGAGACGGCGGCCGUGCACGAGCGUGCCCUCGAGGACCUGCGCUGGGCUCGCGCGACGCUGUGGGGCGAUGAGAGGCUGCGGCGCUACUUGUACACCCCGGACUGGUUGACGUGGCCGUCGUUCGCCGAGCUGUCGGGCAUGGUGGACCUCGUGCGGUCGGCAAAAGAGACAGACGUGGUGCCCGACUUUGUCGGUGCGAACACGCUCAAGAAGGCGGUGAAUAUCAUCGGGCAGGAAAUGUUGUACCCCGGUCUGCACCCGCUGAAAGAGGAGACACUUGCGGGGCCACUGCUUGCCUUUGAAGGGACGCCAGGUGACGGUUGCGUCGUUGGCGACACGCUGAGCCCGCUAGACGCAGACGACCAACGGCGUCUCGGUAACUCGGUUUGGGGGCUCGACCUCCACGCGCCGGUCUUCACGGCAGAUGAAGUCACACGUCUCCCGCUGACAGGGCGUGUGCGGGAGGAGUGCGUGCGGGUAUUGCAGCCGGGCCUCUCUGCUGCAGGCGUGGAGAGCAGCUGGGCCGCUCUGGUGGGAGCACACCGUCGCCGGACAGAGGCGCAUCUACUGGGUCUCUUCUGCGGCGUCCCUGAUUGCCUGCAGCAGUUCGGCAUGACGGUGGUGCACUUGGCAAAGGAGGUCAACGACGCAGCAGAGGAAGGGCGGCGCGUCCGACUGCGCGUUGGCAUCUACCUCACGCUGCUGCAGCGCAACGAGGCGUAUGUGAUGGGGAACGCCGAGCAACAGGGUGCCGCUGUGGACGACGAAACAGCGCUAAGGUCCGCCUUCGAGCGCGCGACGGGUCACAGCUAUGACACGAAUGUUGCAGCGGGACUUGUCCUGUGGGCAGUGGAGGGCGAGACUGUGGAAGAUGUGUUGGGCUCGCGCUUCCUGAGCCCCCUCGCAUCCGCACACGAGUGCAUGGAGACCGUGUCGCUCACCCCGUCGGUGCAUAUGACGCGUGUGGUGGUGCGGCACAAUCCAUUCGCCGUGAUUCACGGCCAUCGCGUGGUGGGAGCCUUCCCGGAGAACAGUGAGGCACGCGCUGCUCUGUCUGAUCUGCUUGUCUCACGUGAAGGAGCUACGCACGCGGCGCCGCCACAACGGUCGCUGCAGCAACAGCAGCGGAACGCAACGACGAUUCCCUUUUCUUCAACCUUGACGGGUGAGCAGUUGCGCCGUGGUGUUGACGAGGCGGUCUUCAAGACGCUUUCACAGGAGCCGAUGGCGAAGGCUGCGCUGAGCACGCAUGCAAACAUGACGCGGUUCCGAGACCUGCCGAACUUUGAGGCUGUGCUGAAGGACUCCCUGAAGAGGAACACCGAAUACCGCGGGAGGAAGUACUACUUGAAGGAGUGA